AUGAACAUUUUAAAUCACAAUGAUAUUAAUAUACUGGAUCUACCAGAUGAAAUGUUACUUACCAUUUUCAAUAAACUGAAUACGAUUGAUAUGCUCUAUUCAUUGGUAGAUGUAAAUCAGCAAUUUGAUCGAUUAGCACUUGAUUCUCGCGUUAUUGAUCAUCUCAAUUUUGUGAUUAAACGAGAUGAUAUUCAUAGUUCUUCAGUAGAGAUUGAUAUUCUUUCACGAAUUUGUUCGAAAAUCUUACCUCGAAUUAAUGAGAAAAUAAUCAAACUCAUUCUUGAAUCACAUUCUAUGGAACGUAUUAUUAAUGCUAUUGAUUAUCCUCGACUCCAUUCAUUAUCAUUAGUCAAUUAUCAACCGAAAAUACUUUUACGGCAUUUAUCAGAUAAUACAAAAAAGCUUCUCAAAUUAAAACAUUUCUCAUUAGCAACAGAUUUUUAUACAAGUUGUUAUGAUACAGAAGUUGUUCCAUUACUUCGUCGAAUGUUAAAUCUUGAAGAAUUAACAUUAUUUCUUUCAGUAGUAAGAAGUAAAUCGACUUAUAUUGAUGGUAAUCAAUUAUAUGAUAAAGUUCUUAAUUAUAUGUCACAACUAAAUAAAUUUAUCUUCAAUAUACACACUCGCAUUAUGAACGAUUUUAUUAUCAACAAUAAUAUUAAAAUUGAUCUUCCAUCGAAUGAUGAUAUUCGAAAUAGUUUCAUUAAAAGAGGAUUCAAAUCAAUUGAUACAUGUGCCGAUGAUAAACUUAUCAAUAAUAGAGGCAAUUGUCAUGUUUAUUCUCUUCCAUAUCAAUUCAACGAAUUCUUGUUUAUGAAUAGUUGUUUUCAAGGUGGAAAAUUCGAUAAAGUUCGAUUGUUAACAAUGUUUGAUAUACGUCCAUUUGAACAUGAAUUAUUCAAAAUCAUCUCUCAAGACUUUCCUUUUCUUCAACAAUUACAUAUAUGUAAUAAUCAUCGGCAAAUAAAUGAGCACCAUCAUUCAUCUACAUUGAUUACAUUUAAUUAUCUGUUUAAACUCCAUCUUUACGCUGUACACAAGGACUACGUUAUACAGUUUCUUUCGGAUAAAAACACUCGUUUACCUUGUUUAACAAAUCUCAUAAUUGAGUAUAAAACAUUAGUAGCUGUAACAAAUAAUUUUACCAAUGAUGCAACACGUCUCAAUUGUUCUAAAAUUAAAUAUCUAGUUACAUAUGAACCGUUUGUUCGUUCACAAAAUUUUGUUGCAUAUUUUCCGUCUCUGUAA